AUAGCGCCAAGCUCGUACGAAGGCGCUCCGGGCACCAAUUGCAGGCCGCAACCAAGCAUUUCUCCCGCCGCUCUCAGCACGCAACCCUGCAGUGACAGGUGCCGCUUCUAAUAAUGUCUGGCGAGCUGCAGCCCCGCAUGGAAGCUCAGCUGCCAUAGUACGCCACAUACCCAGCUCUUAUACUAUACAGCUGGUCACCAGUCCAAAUAUGCAAUCCCUUCGACGCAGUCGUGUUGGAUGCCACCAUGGGUUCUGACUUGCCACUCGAAGCCUCAGCGCCCUGGAAAUGUCGCGCAGAAAGCUAUUGGAUGAUCCUUCAGCUGCAGAACCCGCUACCUGUAGAUAUCUAUGAUCAGUUAGAAGCGGAGCAUCCGGCAUGCACAACCGCUGGCUUCAAAGGCGGUUACGGCAUGGUCAUGGUCGUGCGUUACUCUGACACACCCGUGGGAUCAUACGACGAGCUCGCGAUUAUUCCUGGUAACUUCAACGUCAAGGGUGGCAGUCUAGACGGUCAAGCAAAGCUGCGAGUGACUCGCAUCUACGUCUCGCAGAAAGACACGACGUACAACGGCCGGCGGAACUGGAACAUACCCAAGCAUCUGGCUCGAUUCGAGUUCUCGGCUCCGCCAGUGGCAAAAGGUAGCUCGCCACCCAAACAGCUCACUGUCUCCGUCUACCCUCCAGACUCCGAGGAUGCCAACGCGAAGCCCUUUUUCAGAGCUACCUUCGCGCCCAUCAGCUACCUACCCGCAUUCCCGCUGUCGACCAGCUAUAUGCCACUUGAUAUGACGAUCGUUCAACCGCCCAUACCGGCGGGAGAGGACAGCAUAUUAUGUGGCACAGACAAGUGGGUGAGGUUCCAGACAACUUUUGCCACGAGCCGAGCGUAUCUCAUGCGUGCGACAAACGAAGACGAUUAUGGUAAGGUGAAACAGGAAGGAUGGUGGCCGAGAGUGAAGCCAUGGUCGACCGGUUUCUGGCUCGAAGAAGCUGUGCUGGAUGUCUCUACGCUUGAGGAGGAGUGGAGUUGAGCAUCACAACUUAUUUGCGUAAGAUAGCAGUGUAGAAGCGUUACAUUCCUGGGAAGUGCUUGUCUCGGCAUGCAUCAUCGUCGUGGUACAACACAGAGCGACAACCCCGCUUGCUUUCACACGUGGCGCAUUCGCUCCUUCCUUGUCCCGCAACGUGGA